UUAAGGCGCGUAUUCACCAAAAAAGCGAGCAAGAGCGAACAAGAGCGAGCGAACAUUCUGCAUCAAUAAUCACCUAGUGUGUACCGGAUAGCGAGCGAACAAACGUUUUCUUGUUCGCGCUCAAAAAAGAUCGAGAGGAAGUCGGUACAUCAAAGAAAAUACUUGUUCAUGCUUGUUCGGUGUGGACGAGAUUUUUUUAGUGCUCGUACUUCGAUCGCUUGCGCUGCAUGCAUACGUUGCCGACCGUGUAGACCUAUUUACCUUUUCAAUAAUAAUUAUUAUAGCUGGUAUUCAAAAUGGAAUGGUCUAAUGAUAGUGUGUUGCAACUAAUAAACGCCUAUCGAAUUCGGCCGGUUUUGUGGAAUUCUUUGGACUCCUAUUACAAAAUUAAAAAUAAAAAAGAAGAUGCUUGGAGAGAAUUAGCCGAUAUGUUGAAUACUGAUAUUGCAGAAAUUAAGAAGAAAAUGCAGUCCCUACUUGCGUCCUUUAGAAGGGAGAGGCAGAAACUAAAAACCAUUUCGGGGAUGGGUGCCGAAGAGGUUUAUGAUACCAAAUGGUUUGCUUUCAAAAGUCUAUUAUUUUUGAAAGACAAGAAUCAACCAGUAGAAACACAGGAUACAGAAGGAAACAAUGAAAAUGAGUCCAUCGAAAUGACACAAGAUGAAGAUUUGGAGGAGAGCUCGGAUAGAGAUUUGAAUGAAACGAUUAGCAAUGAAAACCAUGCGGAUCAUGAAGCAAUUAUUCCCAAGCGCAAACAAUUUGUUUCUCCCAAAAGAAUUCAAAAAAAAAAACUAAAACCUAAUGAAGAUCCUAGAGUAACUGACGCUUACGCAGUGAUGACUGAUUUAAAAUCUAAUAUUUCAGCCCAAACAAAAGACGGCUGUUCGGUAUAUGGCGAAUAUAUUGGUUUUAAACUAAGAAGUUACAACUCAUACACCCGAGCUAUUGUGGAGCAUCACAUUAAUACUAUUAUCUAUAAUGCCGACAUGGGUUUCUAUGCGCCAAACAACAAUUCCAACAUCCAACUUCCGACAACAAACAGCACAGGAUAUUAUUCCAGCACUGCUCCGUCCCCUGCCUUAUCCCCCGCUGCCUCAUAUUCAUCUCAUGGUUCCACUACUUCUAAUUUUAACAAUCAAAUUCCAACAACAAACAGCACAGGAUUUUAUUCCAGCACUGCUCCGUCCCCUGCCUUAUCCCCCGCUGCCUCAUCUUCGCCUACUGGAGAACAAAAUCUGAACAUACCACAAACUGGUUUGACUGACUCAAACAGAGAUAUUAUGAAGAAUAAUCUUGUAUCAUUUUUUACUGACUAUAAAGAUUAAUAUUUCAUAAAAAUGUAAUGAUUAGUUUUAAGCUUUGUUGCGUUCAAUAAAGAUAAUUUGUGAG